CGUAAAAUAGUCAUAACUCAGUCAACAAGUAAAUACGCUACUCGCCAGUCGGGUGAUAUCAAUGUGGCCCUGAAAACUUAAAAUUGUUAUGAUAAAAUCGAUUAAAGUAUUGACAAAUUCUGUGAUAGUGAAAAAUAUUCGAAUUCCUGUAAGAAUGACGAGUAUACACAGUGCGUAUGUUGAGGAAGUACAUGAUGUACCGAUGUCAGUCAUAAUGCGACCAUUUAUGCCGGAAUUAGAUGAGAAGAAAGUUGAGUCACUUAUGGAAACUAUUCAGAAAGAAGAGGCCCAGGGUUUAGUUCCACCAAUAGAUGUGUUAUGGAUCGAGGGAAGUGAAGGCGGGAAUUAUUACUAUAGUUUCGGGGGUUGUCACAGAUACGCUGCCUAUAAACGACUUAGCCGUCCAACGAUACCAGCUAAGUUAAUAAGAUCCACAAUGAAUGAUCUACGCACGUAUUUAGGUAGUAGCACGCCUGAUCUUAAAUAACUUUAAGUAUAAUUAGGAUUUUUAAUGCUAAAUAUGUAAUAGUAAUUUACUUCUGUAUUAUAUUGACAGAUAAUAUUUUUUUAUUGUCUUUGGUUUAAACUAAAGCCUGUUAGAAUGGAUGUACUCUUUCACUUGUAUUACACAUUAACUGUUGUAUGUGUUUUAAUAUACUAGAAUAAAAAACGUUCCAUUUCCAA